AUGGCAGACAACCAGGAAAUGUUGGAAGUGAAUUAUGAAGAACAAUACAGGGUUCUAUCGGAGGAAAAUAAAAAACUAUCAAUAGAUAUUGCAAGUUUACAGCUGAGCAACAGAAGCCUUGUCAACCAAAACCGUGAUGAAAAGAAAAAAGUUAUGGAUUGCAGACUUCAAAUAAGCGAUUUAGAAAGUCGUCUGAAGACCCUGGAUAAUAUUAAAAGCGAGUUGUCUGAAAGCCAAUUGCAGGCUGAACGUUUACGCCAAAGCUUAGACGCUAAUGAAACAAAGCUAGCAGCUACUGAGCGUCGGGCAAAUGAAGCUGAAAGUCUUAUUAAGGUAAAAGAUAGUAUUAUUGACAAACACCGGAAAUUUUCCAAAGAAUUGGAAGAGAAAGUCAAUAGCCUCACCGAAGAAAUUGAUGCUUUAAAUUCGAAAUGUGGUAAAUUAGAGGUGAAUUUAUGCGAGGCCUUGGAUAGGGCGGAUGAAUGUGAUCGGUUACGUGAGGUCGUGGCCGCGAAAACAGCCCUCUUGGAUACAUUAGCUGAAUCGUCUGAUGGCGUUAGUGCUAGUGGAUUGGCCGCUGCAAAUCAAUUUUUUAAGGAACAGGAGGCUAAGCUUACGGAGCAUUUAACGGAAGUGAAAUCGGCUAAAAAUGAGCUUGAAAAAAAUCUAAAAGCAUUGACAUCUGAAAGGGAUUUGCUACAGGAAAAGGUGGAAAAACAAGAUGCGGAGAUUGAAAGCUUAAAAGAGAAGUGUUCUAAUCUGGAGACAUACGCCAAAGAGUCCAAGAAUUCGGAUAAACGCUCAAAGAAUGAUAUGUCGAAUUCUCGCUUAAUUGGUCCAUCAUUGCCUCCGUGGAUCUUGGAAGAAAAGAAACCUGAUCCGACUGAGCUGGAAAAACUAAACAACGCUGAUCCAGCAACUCUAAGAAACCGUGUUCUGGAUUUGGAGGGUAAAGUGCAUGAACUUAAUCAGUUGUUAACUUACCGGGAGGAUGUCAUCCUUCGCAUUUAUCAGGAGAUCCAGAAGAAAGCCUCCCGUUUGGAAGCCGCUGAAGUGGAGCGUUCUAGCCUGUCGGCACAAGUUAGUAUUCUCAAACGAGAACUCUCGGCAUGCCGGGAUGACGGUGGUUCUCGCGGGGGCAGGCGUUAUAAUGAUGGCUACCCACCGGAAAUCGAGAUUGAGAUUGAGCGACUUCGUGGCAAACGCGACCGCGAAUACCAACGGAGGAAACGGGCUGAAGCAGAAAUGGAUGAAAUGGAGGCAGAGUUGAACGAGGUGAAGGAGAAGAUGAAGAAGCUGGAGGAGGAAAUGGCUGAAAUGGCGUCUGCUCCAAAACCAGUUAUUCAUGCUGGAGAUCCUGCUGACAAAGCCAGAAUUGCUGAACUACAGGCCACGGUUACUCAACUCAGAAUGGACAAUGAAGCAAAGCGUUCGGAACUCUUUGAUCUCAGAUCUCGUUUUGACGAGAAAUCCAGUCAGCUGGAUUCUUUCUCUUCUGAGAUGAAGACCAAGGAACGCCAAGUGAACGAUUUAUCCGCGGAACUUGCUACAAAGACAAGCCAAUUGGAGCAGGCCAACAAGGAGCUCGAAGCUGUGCGUCUUCGUGUAGUACGAGGUGGCGUUGAGACCGAACGUUGGCAGACCGACCUAAAUAGCGUCCGCACUACCAACCGUUUCUUGGCCCAACAGACUAAUGAGUUGCGUGAGCGUUUAAGCAGCACCGAGGCCCAAUUGGCGGCUGCACAAAAGCUCCUUGUCGCUGCUAAAGAAAAGGAAGGCAGUGUUCCUUUGUGCAAUGGAGUCUCAAAUGACAACAAGGACGAGCAUUCUGACGAGACCAAUCGCGUUAGCCAAUUGCUUUCCGACUUAAAGAAAGAACAUCAAUCGUCUGCUGCCUGUGCCGAACGAUGCACUGCGCUGACGAAACAGCUAAGCGAGCUAGAAUCGACACUGUUGGAAACGCGAGAGCGGUUAAAUGAAGCAACUAGCGAGAACCGACGUACAGACUUGGAGCACGCGACGGCUCUGGCCACAAGUGUUCCUACUUCCCCACCUGCCAAGCGCCCCAGGCGCACGCGAGCAAAUAACACCCCAGCCGCUGCUGCAGCUGCUCCACCGGCACGUUGCCCUGCUUUUACGGAAUGUGCUGCUUGUGCCGAGCUUAAGCGACAGGUUCAGGCCCUCGAAACCGAUCUUGCGGAAUCAAGUGCAAAGAUAAGCAGUUCUGUUGCUGAAUUAAACGAUCUGCGUUCUCGAUUAAGCGGUGCGGGCGAAGAGACGUGUAAACUGCGGGAGGAACUCUCAAAUCUUCGUGAAGAACUUGCCACCACAUCCGCGAAUCUUAAAAAACUUAAGCAGGCAGCUCAGGCUUACCUCAAUGAGGCACCGACCACGUCCUCGGUCGCCGCAUCGAAUCUCCGCCAACUUCUCUCUGAGGCUUAA